AACAGAGCCUGGUGUCAGAGUCAGUGAAUGCAGCACAGAGACUAAACACGUGAAGGCAGGUAGGGGUCUGUUCUCACCUGGACAGACACGUGCGCAAGCUGCAGCUCCACCUCCGGCUCUAAUUGCCCAAUUAACAGGUGCGUCCAGGUGCGCAGGUCUCUUUGUGCUUCAGCCUCCAACACCUUCAGACCUCUCGCGGGGAUCCCAGCGGGCAGAGAGACACGGAGCGGACCGGAGGAUGUCUGGUCCCGGAUCGGUGAUGAUGGCCUGCGUCUGGGUCAGUCUGCUGGCUCUAGUCCAGCUUAGCGCGGGACAGGAGCCGCACCGGGACGCAGACGGAGGUCCGGCCGGCGUGGAGCCGCUGCUCUCGGACUCUGAGCCGCCCGAGGAGACCCGGGGCGGAGGGGUCUUCCUCCCGGUGCCGGUGUGGAGGUUUGUGAAAGGUGGUGGACAGGUGUCAGACGACGGACGGCCUCAGUAUCGCUGCAGCGACAGGACGCUGUCUGUUCGCUUCUCCCUCAUCCGACACGCUCACCUGCAGCUGGAGGAAAACGGGAAACGGCUGCUGGCUCUGCCUGACGGAUGUCGUGGAUCUGUUCGAAUCUUCGGGCCGUGGCUGCUGCUGAAGCUCCCUUACACCAGCUGCCACAUUGCAUCAUGGGUUUCCAAUGGAACAGAGUUUCUGCAGUUGAAGCUGCGAUACUUUGACCAUCUGUUGCAGAGGAACGUGACUGCUGAAGCUGCCUGUGAGAACCCCUCAGUGUCAUCGCAUCUGUCGCCGCCCAUGGUGAGGUGCAGAUCAACGGAUGUCGAUGUUAAACUACCGCUUGGAACACGUCUGAAGAGGGUUAAGGCGCUGGGUAAAGAUGGCGUGAUUCGGAGGGCGCUUACAACAACGACUCGAGGAGCGGCUUUAGUGCAGAUAUCAACUCCAGCAGACUUGGAUUCCACCUUCGAGAUCAUUUAUGUGGACUCGUCUGGAGAAAUGUCCACGAUGCUGGCGGCUUGUUUCAAUGCAGCGACGCAAAGUCAGCGAGACCGUCACCUGAGAUCUGUACAGAAUCCUGACCUGUGGGAGCUUUGGGAGUUUGAGGAGAUUCCUCUUGAGUCAUACAAGCCAGAACAAACCCAGCCAUCCAAAACAGAGCCUACAGAACCACCCAUAUCAGAACCUUCCAUACCAGAACCACUCUUCCCAGAGCCAUUCUUUCCAGAAUCACUCUUUCCAGAACCACUCUUUCCAGAACCACUCUUUCCAGAACCACUCUUUCCAGAAUCACUCUUUCCAGAACCACUCUUUCCAGAGCAGCUAUUUCCAGAAAUAGUCCCAACACAGCCGUCUAUUCCAGUCCCAACAGAACCGUCUAUUCCAGUCCCAACAACGCCGUCUAUUCCAGUUCCAACAGAGCCGUCUGUUCUGGUACCAACAGAACCUUUAACUACAGCACCACUAAUUCCUGAGACCACAGAGGGUGAACAAGGAACACCUCCUACAGUGGUAACAACAACUAAAACAACAUGGGUGCCAUUUUCUGAUGCAGAGAUCUUUGAGUUGUGGGGAUUCGAUGAAAUUCCUACUGAGCCGUACACUGGUGACCCAACCACUACAGCUCUGCCCAUCACAUCUACCGCUGCCUUGACAACCAGCACAGCCACAACCAGUGCAUCUUCAAUUACCACGAGAGCCACCACAACCAGUGCCACCACAACCAGUGCUACCACAACCAGUGCAACCACAACCACCACAACCAGUGCACCUUCAUUUACCACGAGUGCCACCACAACCAGUGCCACCACAACCAGUGCUACCACAACCACCACAACCAGUGCAACCACAACCACCACAACCAGUGCACCUUCAAUUACCACGAGUGCCACCACAACCAGUGCUGCCCCAACCACCACAACCAGUGGUUCAAGCAGUUCCACACCCGGUGCUGUCCCUUCUACCACAACCAGUGCCACCACAACCAGCACUGCACCAACUCCUACAACUAGUGCCGCCCCAACUACCACAACCAGCAACCCCACCACUACAGUUGUUGCUCCUACAACUUCCUUAGGCCCUGUCACCACCACAGCAGGUGUUGCAUCAUCAACUACUGUACCCAGCGCCUUCUCCACCACGAGCACCACCACCAUCAGCAGCACCACCACCUAGUGCUGCUUUCUCCACGACCAGCACCCAUUAGAAAAGUCCUCCCCAAACGACCCCUCACUGUACUGUUUGAAAUAAACCACAGAUUUGGUGUA